GCAUCCGAGGGACGAACCCUCCCCUAACGUUUCUCUCUCCGCCUGGAAAGAUGGCUGCUCCGGCGGUGGCGAGAGGCUACGGCCCGCCGCUGUGCCCGAGCUUCGCGGAGGUAUGCUCGUUCUUGGAGCGCUACGGAGCGACGCUAGACCUUCCCGAGAUGACUUUCCCGCAGAUGGAGCGGUAUCUGCGUGACACGACGGCAGUUCCCAAGCCCCUGGUGGAGCUCCAUGUGAAGCUGCUCAGAAAACUGGGGAGGUCUGUAACCACCGACCGCUGGGAGAAAUACCUGGCUAAGGUUUGCCAGGAGCUGAACAGCACAUGGGCCUGGGAGUUGGAACAAAAGGGUUACCAGGAGAUGUCGAUGGAGUGCAAGUCGAGCAUACUCAAGUAUCUGUGUGAGUGUCAGUUCGAUGACAACCUGAAGUUCAAGAUGGUAGUCAACGAGGAGGACCCCGAGAAGAUGCGCCUGCAGCCGCUUGGUCGGGACCAGCAGGGCCUGAUGUACUGGCUCCAGCUGGACCAGGAGCAGAACAUCCGGCUCUACACAGAGGAGCAGGAUGACCUGGAUGGAUCCACCUGGAAGUGCAUCGUCAGGACCCGGAACGACCUGGCCGAGGCCCUGGAGCUGCUGAAGGCUCAGAUUGAGUCUAACCAGUGUCAGGAUCAGGACCAAACCCAGAACCAGGCUGGAUCCCGAAGCACCAGCCCUGCAGAGAAGGAUACGGCAAACGAAGACUUCAAGGACACCAAACUCCUCAAAACUUCAGCAGAACAAAACGAUAAAAAGAAAACCGGUCCUGCAAUGGAAAAGAAACCAAUCAAGCAAGAUAUAAAGGAGGAAGAAAACGCCGAAUCCAAGACGGAGGAGAAGAUGGAUCGUAAGCUGGCUGCCUUCGAUAACCGCGUGAGCACGAUCACCGCCAUCAAAUCGGAACACAGAGACGCAAACGACGGACCCAAAAACGCCGUGUCUGUCCUCAUGUCACCCAGCGUGAGUUUGAUCAAGAUGAACAGGGAAGACGAAGCCGAGCAGGCCGCGGUCAGGUGCAACCAGCAGGCCAAGAUACCGCUGAAGAAGAGGGACCUGAAGCUGGCGGGCUGCUUCCACACCAACCACCUCAACAACACCAACAGCAGCAGCAGCAGCAUCAUCGUCUGUAACCCGUCAGUGAUCAACGCUAAGGACUGCCGGGGGAGAGAUGGGAAGCUGCAGAACUCAUCAGCACCCCAGGGAAGUCCAGGAUCCUCUCUGCAGCAGCAGCCGGUGGUCAGUGCAUCAAGGCAGGAACUGACCAAUGGUAGGGCUUCUCACCUGCCCCCCAGAGAGGGCCAUAACGGGGUUAUUGGUCAGGUUGGAGUUGUCGGCCAUGUCGGCGUCAUUCGCAGCCCGUCUGAGCUUCACAGAGCUCCCGGCGCCGAGCACAGAGAGGAAAACGGCCCAAAGUCAGAACCCUGUGGCCCGAGGGCGGCAGAGGAAGGUAAGGAGGCGAGCAGGCAGUCCGUCGUGGUUAGAAAAGGACAACCCGAUCAGGAGACGACGCAAACUGCCUCCGCUCUUCCAACUCAUGCAAUACUAUCCCUGAAACCAGAAGUCAUAGUGAGAAGAGUGGAUUCUCUUAGCUUCUCCUCUCUGACCACAACAGAAACCGGUAGACAGACGGAGGAGGACCAGAACGCCAAAACAACAGCGAGGACAACAGAAGAAAACAGCAGUCAGCAGGAGGAAGGCGGUCCGGAGGAGAGCAGAGAAGAAACACGAGGAGCAGUCAAAGAGGAACCUGGAACAAACUCAGGGACGUCAGGAAAAGCGGACUCCGAAACAGGCGGCGCCGUCUCGCCUCCAAACGCAGACAGGCUGAAUAAAAAGGAGCAACAGGGACAAGGGGUGAACGGCGGGCUGGUCAGCGUCGUCAAACUGAAGAAGAUUGGGUUUGUAUCGGAGCAGAAGAGGGGUCCCCUGGAGGAAGCUUCCUCUGAGCUCCAGAAAGAAGGAAUCAGGCUGAAGAUCAAAAUCCCACCCCACCGCAGAAACAAGCUACGGAGGAAAGAAGGAAAGGAGGAGAUAAAAAACAGGGAGCAGGAGGUGGAGAAAGAAGCGCGGGCUCUCAGGAGGUCCGCCAGGAUCUGCAGAUCAUCUGCUUUGCCAAACUGCAGGCCAAGCUCGAAGGUGGCAGAGAGCCAGAAAAAGAAGCCGCAAAAAAAAGAGACGCCGCCCGACAAAACGAGGGAGGAAGAGGAGGCGGACGAGGAAGAAGACGAUGAGGACGACGACGACGACGGGCGAAGGUCUCCGUCGACGAAGAACCAAAAACACGAACCUGCUGGAAAAUUUAACAAGCGAAAGGGUAAACGGAGGCACGGGCGACCCCGAUGGACCAACGUUCGCCCAAAGAGGCACAAGCCAAACGAGGAGGGGGGGGCGGAGGACAGGGGGAGGAAACGAGGAGAGCGGGAGGAGAAGGGAGGAAGUGCCUCGGAGGAGGAUUUAUGUAAAUCCGAGGAGAUUCCCGCCGAGGACGCCUGCUUUCACUGUGGUCUGCCCAACCACCCCGAACUGAUCCUGCUGUGUGACUUGUGUGAUAGAGGUUACCACACCGCCUGCCUGCGGCCGCCGCUCAUGCUGAUCCCAGAUGGAGAGUGGUUCUGUCCACCUUGCCAACAUAAGAUGCUGUGUGAGAAACUGGAGGAGCAGCUUCAGAACCUGGACAGCGCCCUGAAGAAAAAAGAACGGGCAGAGAGGCGGAGGGAACGGCUCGUCUAUGUGGGGAUCAGUGUGGAAAACAUCAUUCCUGAAGGAGAUGGGGAAGAAGGAGAGGAGGAGAAGUCUGCCAAGAAAAAAGAUCCCAAAAAGACCAAAAAUCUGGGGAGGAGAUCAACCAGAACCAGAAAACACAUCAGCUACAGGUUUGAUGAUUUUGAUGAUGCCAUUGAUGAGGCCAUCGAGGAGGACGUCAGGGACAUCGGCAGUGGAGCAGAGACGGGCAAAGAGAGCGGCGGCGUUCUAUCGGAGGCCGUUAAGGAGAACCAGCGGCCAAUCAGGACCCAGACCCGUGCUGCCAGGAACAAGAAGAAACGGAGGCUGAAUGACCUGGAGAGCGACAGCACGGCGAUAGAGAGCGAGGAAGAGUUCAUGCUCAGCAACAGCUCGGAGGAGGAAGAAUUCGUCGCUUCGGGUGCCGACGACGGAGAGGACGAGGACGCAGGCAGCGACGGCGGCAGCCUGGACGCGGCGGCGGCACGUCCCAAACGGGGUUUGAGGGGGGUGCCGAAAUACAAAGCCAGGACGAUUCAACGGCGGGGCCGGAAACGACGGCGGAGACGGUCCAGCGAGGAAGAGGAGGAGGAGGAGAGUGAUGUAGAGAUGGAUUCUGAUCAGUUCAGCGACAUGACAGACAGCGACGCAGACAAGAAGAGGCGCGGUCUGAGGCGGGGCCAGCGCCAGCAGGUGAACUACCGCGAAACAUCGGAGUCCUCAGACAACUCCAGGACCUCCGCCAAAAAGGAGCAGGUGAAGCGACGCGGCCGACCGCGCAAGGAGCGCUUCUCCAGCGACUACAGCGACGUGUCAGCUUCCUCGAGAGAUUCUGAGGAUGAUUAUGAUGAUGAGGAGGAAGAUGGCCGGAGGAGAGGGGACAGGAGAAGAAGAAGAGGAGAGGAGGAGGAGGAACGUCGCAGCAGCAGGACGAGAGAGAAGCGGAAACGACACGAGAAUGAAGACGUGAGGAGGCGGCUGAAGAGGAGGCAGCUGGGGAAGGCGGAUGAUGAAGAUGAUGACGGGAGGAGAUCAUCAUCGGCGAGGACGGGCCGAGACAAAGAGGACCCGGAGAGGAUGGGCAGGGGGAAGAGGAGGGAGAUGCUGUCGCAGCAGCGCCGCAAACUUCUCGCCCAGAUGCUGAAGAAACGGCGGCCGUCGACCGAGGAUGAGGACGAGUCGGAGUCGGAUGACUCUCAAUCUUCAUCAGGAGACGACCGGCCAAUCCGCAAGAGGCUCAAUCGCAUCGACUCCGACGACGAGGAGGACGAGAAAUACGUCGACUCGGACGAUGAAGUGGACGAGGACAAAGGACAAAAGGCGACGGGUAAAAAGUCGGAGCAGAGAGACGACGACAGAAGCCGCGGUGGCGCUCAGGAAAAGGGGCGUGGCCACAGCCCGUCUCCAUCACACAGACUCCAGACGUCCAGAGACGCUCCAAAGCCUCGGGCUGGAAGUCCGUCUGAACGCAGGGACGGUGCCGCCUCGGGCCGACGGGACCGGCACAACGGCCCCGUGCAUCCGGCCGCAGAGGAAGAGGAGGAGGAGGAGGAGGAAGGCCAGUCGGACUCAUUGAACUCUGUCCAGAACAGCCCGCGGUCAUGAUGGCUGUGUUCGUGUAAAUACCGCUCACCCGUUUGUGUUCUGUUCGGCGGCCCUGAAACCGGAUCUCCCUCUGGCGCCGUCACCGCUCUUCGUUUCUCUCUUACUCUGUGGUAGAACGCUGCGUCCCUGCAGAACCGCUGGAGCACAACGCCCAAACUUCUCGGACCAAAAGCCUCCGGACGGCUCGCCGCGUGACUCCUCCCCCCUGAGUAACGGACCUUAACGGACCGGCGGGGCCCCGAAGCAGCAGGUUCCUCAGAUCGAGCGGGAACCCGGAGUCGGUUUGUGGCGCAUCCUGAAGCUCUUCAUCGUUCUCGUAGCAGAAACUAACCCCCCCCCCCUCGGAUUGAACUCUUGGCAUCGGAUCGGUCUGCGUUUGAAACUCUCGUGAUGGUGACGACCAUUUUUUUACUUCCUUUAUUUCAAUAACAGAUAAAAUCUUCUGUCUCCGAUAUAACACUGGUUGGACAGAAAAUAAACACCCGAAAAGCUUUUAGGAAUUAUGAUUAAUUCAGAUUUGGCAUUUUAUUGGCUAAGUUCAAAAUAAACACACACAUAUAUAUAUAUAUAUAUAGCUCAGAUUCAUGAGUAAUGAGAUACUAUGAUUAGUUCCUGUUUUAUUUUUCUUAUACACCCACCUGGCUUUUUUUUUUUUGUGUUUGUACUUACUCUAACUUUUUCACGUUUUGUCAUGUAACGACCACAAACUUCAGUGUAAUUUUUUUUAUUUUAUUUUAUAAACCAUCACAAUGAAGGUGCGCACUUUUUAGCAGAAGAGAAAACGAUGCACGAUACCCGGCAUUUCCUUUUUAGAGCGAAAAUCAGAGGCGCGUGUUUGUAUUAAGCGCCUGUAAGUCAACGUUCUGCAGCUGAAGUGGUUGAGAUUACGACUAAUGCUUAGACCCUCUAACGCGAGAAAGAUGGAUUUUGAUUUAGGGUGUUAUUAGAUAACCUGGGGGGGUAUGUGUCUGUUUUAGUCAGGAGAAAACUGUUUAUCCCAGAUUCCUGGAGGGUCUCUUGUUACGCUGAUGUCCUUACAGAUAGUUCCCCCGCUGAGGCCUACGUUAAACUGCUUCACCUUGAAACCUCAGCACGUGCCUUUUUCAUGCUUACGUCGCAAGCAACCGGUAAUGGACACCCCCUCCACCCCCCCAGAAGUGAGGUUUUGUGAAUAAAUGAAAUGUGUAAAAAACGUGUGACAGGCUCUUCUUUACAAAAGCUACCCAGCAUUCCUCCCCGAGCCGCAGUGCUCUCUAACAUGUGUAGAUAAGCGUGAUUAAAAUGCGAGGAGGGCGUAAAGAGAAGAGCCGCCGCGCCGCUGGACUCAUUUGGACUUUCUUUCUGCUCCCCUCCGCUCCUAUCGCGCUUCCGUCGCCAUCUUGGAUUCAGGCUGCAUGUUGCCUCUGUUAUUUUUCCACAUAAAAUUUUCUGCUAGCGUUCCACGUCUAGAGGCUGAAAUCGUUGCGGGAAACAUAAUAAUUUAAGACUUUCUAUAUGUUUUGAUUGCAGUUUUGCUGCUUCUUUGAGGCUUAUGAUCAGCACCGGCGGUGCUCUAGAAAAGGCGGGAAUCACCGUAGCAACCUACGACUCAGCAGUUCCUGCGAGUUUCUCGUCUGUGUUUUUCGUCUCCUUGGAUUCUGCGCUGAGUUAUUGGCAGAAAUGUACGUUUUUUUUGGGUAGAAGAAAAGGAAUCCUGUUGAUCUGAUGCAGAUUAUUUUCCUGUUUGUCCUCAGCUUGUUUAAAACCGAGUUUUUAAAAGCUUUCAGAUACCGUGGCAAGUCCAAACAGAACAACGGCCGAUCAAAGUCCUCCAAGAUGUGCUCAGGUGUUAAGAAAAUAACUCUUAGACAAUCUUUUAUUUUAUUUAUUCUGUCCUUGUCUGACCAAAGCACCGUCUUCUGUAUAUCUCUCACGGCUUGUGGCAAACUGCAACCGGGCCUGCUUAUGGGCUUCUUUCUAAACGUCUACAGUUUUGCCGGUUCUCUAUAAAGAUCCGAUAUGUGGAGUGCAGGACUAGUUCUUAAAAUAUGUGGGGCUUGUCCUUUGCUGCUUCUCUGACUAUCGCCUGAUCUCCGGCCUUCGUGGUGCCGUCAGUUCUCCAACAGACCUCUGAAACCUUCACAGAACAGCUGCAUUUGUACGGCUUUCAAGUCGCACACAAAUACUCUUGUUUCCUAAUCGCGUGAUUUCUGAAGGCAAAUUGAUGCACUAGAUUUUUACUUUGGAUUGAGCAUAAAUUGUUCUAAAAAUCUAAAACCGUUCAUCCUUUCCAAUCCGCUUUAUAAUUACAGAAAAUACCAAUAAAUACAUUGAAGCUUGUGGUUCUAAUGUGGCAAAAGUUUGAAAAAGUUCAAGUGGUAUGAAUAGGUUUGCACUGUAUGAGGUGAUUAUUGCAUCUAUUUGCAUAUUUUUGUUCUCCCAUCCAUUUUAUUUAAAUGUAAAGACAAGUUUGGAUUCACAGUGUUCAGUUUUAGGCCAUUUUUCUCACAAAUCUUAGACCCGGAGGGUCCGUGUUUUCUGUACAUACUGUCUGUACGCUGUUCUUUGUAAGAUAAUAGAUGUCCCGUAUAGUCUUCUUGUAAAAUAUAGUGUUAUAUUUUCUAUAAGAUGGUGAGGAGCAGGGAUGCUGCUGCGAGCGACGCGUUUCAAUCGAUCGACUUUCAGCGGUUCGCUCGUUUUCUUUGAGAUUCUGCCGCAGAAAAAGAAAAGCGUGCGCUCAGCGGAAAUAGGACGCACGUUACACUGGUGACGUUUUAUUUCUGUGUGUGUUUGGAGCCUGAAAGAGCUGAACACUACUUACACUUAGCUACUUGUCUUUUAUAGGUUUUUAACAUUUCAUGUCCUGAUGGAAGGAAUAAAACUUAAAUAAAAAAAGAGAAAAAAGAAAUUCACCCUGAUCAUUUACCGGACCGGUCUUAAGUCUGGUCCUUCUAACUAACAUCACUGUUGAAGUCGACCGGAAAUACUCUGUUGAGUCAAAUAACUGUUUAGGUUUUAGACGUGUUUUGGUUGUGCUUUUCAUGAUAAGAGACUGGUUAUUUUUUGCCUGUUUAUAAACAGACAGUUAUUAAUAACCACACAGAUGUAUUUUCUACCUGUAAUAAGUUGCCUUUUAUGAAACAGGUGAAGGUGAAAAUCGUACACUACAUACUAUUAACAUACAGUAAACAGGUAGAAGUACAAACACUCAUUAAUUCCCCUCAUUUCAGUGCAACAAAGUGUAAUCAUCGGGAAUUUAUUUUUCUUACUCGUUAGUAUUUUUGCAUGUUUCGUUCCUGCUCCUCCUGCAGCACUGAGAAAAACCUCCACAGAAAAAUACAUCAAAAGCCGGAGCUCGAUCUGGAUUAGCGUGCCGUUACGUUUAGUAGCGAUACAUCGUGAAGCGCUUACAUGGACUAUAAUGGCUUUUUUUUAAUUAUUAUUAAUGUGUAUGAAGGAGUAGAGAAACGCCCAAGCCUUCUUUGAGGCCUGCUCAAUCAAUCGUGCUUUGCAGUAGUAGAGAUAUAAAAGUUUAAACGGGUCAUGGAGAGUUGGGCUCUAUCAAUUGUUUUUUUUUUUUAAGUACCUUUUAUGGUUUUCAUGCAAUCACAGUUUAAAGUUUCACUUAUUUUUCUCUUCCUUUGACUUUCCAGUAAGGAUUUUGAUGAGGUCACACACCCCUUAUCCUCUGAACCUGCUAAAUACUCGGAAACAUUAGAGUCCAUAUUGAUUUGUUUCGUUACGGACACUUUCUAUAUCAAAAUGUCGGCAUUUCUGUCUGUUCCCCUGUGCCUCGCACUGCAGCAUUUAAAUUUUUUACUUUUUUUUUUGUUUGUCAACACCCCCCCCCCCUCCCCCAGGCCCCAGUGCACCCACAAUUCACAAUUCUGCUACGCUAGCAUUUCAGCUAGGAAAUUUUUUUUUUCCUUAAGCUUCUACUACUAAAAACAUUGCAGACACAAAAAUGAACAAAUGUGGCCACUAGAGGGUUCAGCCACUCAUUGCUCAAGACUUUUUGUUUAUUUGAAAUUUAGUUUUUGUGCUCUGACUCUUUGAGGCCGAACGACUCUUUAAAAAAAAAAAGAAAAGAAAAAAAAGGCGGGAAUCACCGGAGCAACCGAUGACUCAGCAUUUUCCUGAGAUUCUUCUGAAAGUUUCUUGUCUGUUUUUCAUCCCUAUGUUCCUGCGCUGAUUUAUUGGCAGAAAUUUGUUCUUUGGAAGAGAGAUUCAUCGGAUUCGGCUUCUUUUCAGCUCCGUGUUUCGUUCUCAAUUCAUUUAAACCAAGUUUUUAAACGCCUGACGAGCCUCUGAUAGCGUAGCAAAUCCGAACAGAACCACGGUCGACCGGGGUCCUCCAAGAUGUUUUAAGCUGCCAAACGUCUGAGCUGAAAAAAAUGUUUAUUUUUUUUUUUUAAAAAGAUUUUAGUAAAAAGCUUUCUUGAAGAAACAAUUUCACACUCUGUAGCUCUUUAAACAGCCAAUGGGUUAUUUUGUUUGAAGGUGUGAAAAAAGAUCAGCCUACUGUUUGAAAAAAAAAAAGCCAAGUAUUUCCUUGAUGUUAAUGCAUAAAUGUGUUUUAGGGUAAAUUUUGUCUUUUUACUUAUUAAUUUCACUUUCUGCACGAAGGCUAGUCUGACAGUAAAUUGAAAUCUAUAAAACUAGUUACACCACUUUUUAGUUUAUUUUUUAAAGAUGUAACUGUUGCUUGUGCCUGAGAAAAUGAGAAAAGCUCAAGAUAAUAAAACACCUGCUCAAAAGGGGGAGGGGACUAUAUAAAGGAAAGUGUUUAAAUUAUUAAAUAUGGAUUUUGUAAAUGUGAGAUUUACCUAAAGGUUUAGUUUUUGUUACAGGAGGCCGACACUUUGUAGAAACCACCUAAAAGCUGUAAAAUCUGGGUGGUGUAAAAAAAAAAAAGUGUGGUGAGCUUUUCUUAAACCUAAACAAAAUUGGGUUUUUAGUGUAGCACCAAGUAAAUAACCAAAUGUUCUUUCAGGUACUUUCCUGUGGUUGUUCAGCUGUUGUGGGAUUACAUUACAUUACAACACAACGCACACCCUUCUAACUGGGUUUCAAUAGCUACUUAUGUUUUUAUUUUCCCAUCAAAGAGUUGAAGCAGUUUCCUUGAUGCAGAAAUUCGACGAUGAUGAUGAUGAUGAUAAUAUGCAUCAGUGUGGAAAAUGUAAGCAUAUUUUCUGGGCUCUGACUCGGUGUUUAAAAUCAGUGUCAGUAAAAGUCUUGUUUCUUUGAAGUGAGAUCACAGUGUGAGCCUUUCGUUUUAUCGCCACCAGUCCAGCAUCAUUCCAGUCGAUCCGCUGUGCUCCGGUUUCAUGAUGUUUAAAACUGGCACCGCUGGACGUGUAUUUCGGCUCCUUCCAUUUUUCUCUGUUGUACUGUUACUGUAGUGCUGCUGUAACAAAUGUUUUCUAAGUUAUUAAAACCAACAUCUCAUGCAUCUCCUA